AUAUGUAUGAGUGAUCAUGUAAAACAUAUCACUUAGCAUUUCAGAAUGAGCUCCAAAGCAUGUGUUUUUAUUUUCAUUGUCUUCAACAUAUUUGUACGUGAUUAUAAAAGUGGAAUAGAAGCUCAUGAGAUUAUACCAUCAUAUGGUGGAACGUCUGAACCAAUAAAAGCUUAUGACGCUAGACUCUCAGACAAGAUAGAGGAUGGCUUUAGGGGUUUACGUGGUAGAAGAACUGCAGAUGGUGUAGAUGCGUAUUUAUUUAACUUAUGGACCACAAGUAUAACUCCUACAGAAUCUCUCUUUGACAUUGAACCAAGUAUGAAUUUGGGGGAAAGAGAUACUCCUUAUGAACUAUACAACGAAAGGCGUGAUGUUCCAGCCGAACAAUACAACAACAAGAAGAGAGACCAAACAACCAAAAUAGGGAUGGUACACAUAAACUGUACAACGGUUAAAGAGAUGAUCCACAAGGACCCUACAACGGGAAAAGAGAUAGUCCACCUGGACCCUACAACGGGAAGAGAAAUGGUACACCUGGACCCUACAACGGGAAGAGAGAUGGUCCACCUGGACCCUACAACGGGAAGAGAGAUGGUCCACUUGGACCCUACAACGGGAAGAGAGAUGGUUCAGCUGCACCCUACAACGGGUAGAGAUAUGGUCCACUUGGACCCUGUCGUAUAG